AUGCUGAAAUUCGAAGCAGCGCACACUACCGCCACAGAGCGAAUUUCCUUGACCUACCCGGAGGUUCUGAAUAUAGAGCUACGCAACGCCAUCUACACCGAAUUCCUCCAUCUAACUCCAAAAUGUGCUGACGCCAUAAACCUUGUCAAUUCUCAUGAGCAAGUCCACGACGAGUUCGCGCCUAUGUACCUGUCUCCGUCCAUCAGGCUGCGGCUAUACAGUCCCGUCGUCCCUUUCCGACAACUGAACAAUUACCUGCACGUCUUCUUCAUCAAGCGUCCAUACGAAAGUCUACGAACGAUCAACCGUUACAUCAUCAUACGCCUCUGCAAAUUCGGAACCGGUGAAGAGCGGAAGGUCGACCUUCUUCAAUUGGUUCACGUUCAGAAGAAGUUCCCUUCAUUCAUAAUGAAUUUCUGCCCAGGGGGCUACAGGAGUUUUUUUCUCACGUCUGACAUGAUGAAUGAGAUAAAAUCUGCAGUGUCGGUCCUGAAGAACAUGGACGCGCGCCAAGUCGAAAGAGUGGUCUCCGCCGAGCUUGAGAUCUUCAUGCCAGAUGAGAAACAGGAAGAGGCCAACAUGCAAGAGGCAGUAUUCGUCAAUAUUACUGGAAAACGUCGAGCUCAGGAGGUAUCAUGGAAUAGUCGUUCGCGGCCCGGACGGCAGGAACACGUGGGUGAUGAUCUGACUGAACUUGGAUUACCCGCCAACUACAAGCUCCUCAAGGUGCGAAUCGCCUGGCAAGACUGA